AUGACCACAGCAACCCUCACCAGCAUCCCCCUUUCAUCCCUCCCCAAGGUCUCCCAGGGAAAAGUUCGAGACCUUUUCUCUCUCCCAGACGACCGCAUCAGCGCCUAUGACGUCAUUCUCAAGAAUGGCAUUCCGACCAAGGGGAUUAUCUUGACUCUAUUGUCGGCGAAGUGGUUCGAGAUUCUCUCGUCUCGUGUGCCAGGCCUCAAGCACCACUUCCUGCACCUUGGCCCCCCUUCUGAGUCCGGUGUUGUCUCCCCCGAGGAGGCGCAGAUGCUCCGUGGCCGGUCCAUGACCGUUCGGUCUUUCCUAUCGAGGCCAUCGGCAAUCCGUGGCUACGUGACCGGGAGCGCCUGGGCGGAGUACUCGAAGACGCAGACCAUUCACGGUCUCCCUGCCCCCGUCGGCCUCAAGCGCUGCGAAAAGCUGCCGCAGCCCAUCUACACACCCUCCACCAAGGCCGAGCUUGGUGAAAAGGACAUCAACAUCUCACCGGAGCAGGCCUGCAAGAUCAUUGGCGAGAAGUAUGCUUCUCGCAUCGAGCAGUUGGCCCUGGCUUGCUACAAGGCUGGUGCCGCGUAUGCGGAGGAAAGAGGCAUCAUUAUCGCCGACACCAAGUUCGAGUUCGGUCUGGAUGAGGAGACCGAUGAGAUUUACCUUGUCGAUGAGGUUCUCACUCCUGACUCCUCUCGCUUCUGGAGCAAGGAGGAUUAUGAAGUUGGGCGGGAGCAGGAUUCAUUUGACAAGCAGGUCCUCCGGAAUUGGUUGACGGAUAAUGGCCUGAAAGGCAAACCCGAUGUUGAGAUGCCUUCGGAAGUUGUCGAGAAGACCAAGGGCCGCUAUACCGAAGUCUUCGAGAGACUCACCGGUACAAGCCUUGAAGAUGCGUUGAAGGCUUUGGGUAACUGA